CUCUUGCAGAAAUGCAAAGUAAAGUUGUGUACAAUAGACUCUUGUGGUCCGACCCUUCUCCGGAUCCCGUACAUAACGGGAACUUAGUGCGCCGGGCUGUUUUUUUUGGAGUGAUUUGCUGUCAGGAAAAGUUUUGUAUUUAGGAGAUGUAGUUGUGAUCUGUGAAAGCAUAGAAAAAUAUAUAUAAAGCAUUUGUUGAACUAUCAUUUCUAGAAAUUUCCACAAGCGUAUGUUAAUUAUAUAUAUCUGUAACUGUUGCCAUUACUUAAAUGGCAUAAUAUUAGAAACAGUUGAGACCUUCUAAUCUGAGGUCUUAUACUCUCCCUAAUUAGUUGGCUUUCCACUUUCAAUGGUUUGUUAGAUGUUUUGGCUUGUUUAUUGAGAAAGAUGCAAUCUUCCUUAGCAGAAGGAAAAGAAAAGAAUAGUAGAAAAAUAGAGCAUACAAAAGGGUACUGAAUUUGUAAGAUCUGAAUUAUAUGGAGUGCAGAUUACCCGAAUCAGUUGUUUUUCUUCAAGACAACAAUCAUCAAGUUUUCAAGGACAUCUGUAUGGAUGGGGAAGAAUGUUCUUUGGAAAAUUGUGAGCUGAACCACAAUAAUAUUUAUUACAUGCUUAAGUAUGAGCUAGAUCAUAAUGCUGAAUUAGAGAACAGAGUUUUGCAUGUUUCUGAAUCCAAGCCUGAAUCGUUCGAGGGAACUGUUAAGCACUUUGACGACUCUAAGAAGCUGUUGAUGGAAGGUAAAGCUGAUACUGGUGCUGAAGUUGAGAUUGCUGGUGCCAUUAGUUUUUACCAUCCUUUGCCAAAAGAGCAGAGUUUGGAUGGAGAGCUGGUUGAUAAUAAAUAUAAUCAGGAUCAAGAGAUGAACAAGGAAGCAUGUAGUGACCAAAGCAAUAUACCAGAUUCAAUUUUUAGAGAAGGAUCAAAUUCAAACGACAAAAAGAGCUCCAACAUUGAAGAUGGAACGCCAAUGAGAAGUUUAGCGUCAUUAUUUGCAAGUCAGAAUACUGAAAAGCUUCCAGAUCGUGAAGACUCGAAUGUUAUGAUGGUCUCAGCAUCGAAGCAAUGUAAUGAUAACAUCUCAGUUCGCUCCAGUAGCACCAACAGCACGAAAUCUUUUGCAUUUCCUGUAUUAACCUCAGAGUGGACCGGCAGCCCUGCAAAGAUGGUGGAAGCAGGUAGGAGAGAUUUUAAAAGGCGAAGUUGCUGGAGAAUGUGCUUUUGACUUCUGCAGAUUUGAUUUUCACUGAGUUAUAGGCUUAUAACUGCUUCUGCAACUUGUCUUCAUAUCACUCUUUCUGGUGUAUCGACCAUAGAUAGCCAAUAUUGAGUUCCUCUUUUGGCAAUGAAAACUUCAUCCUUUUUACUCAAAUCAUAGUUUUUGCAUUUUGAAAAAUAUUUCACGAUUAAUCGCCUGAUUAAACAUGCUGGCCUCGACCAGAGAACGGUCUCCAGUCUUUAUUUCGUCAAAUUGGCUAUAUAUCCUAUAG